CCGGUGUGUGUGAGUGUGUGUCCGACGACCCGUCCCGUCAUCAUUGAGCGUAACUGAGAGUCGUAUUCGUAUAUCGAUUCAAAAUGUCGGACGUAGAGUUAUCAAACAUAGACCACCUCAUCGCGAUGCUUUUAGAAGUUCGCGGUGCAAGGCCGGGGAAAAAUGUUCAACUGUCGGAAACGGAUAUACGUCUGCUAUGCCUGAAGUCGAGGGAAAUCUUUCUCUCCCAACCGAUACUGCUCGAGCUGGAAGCACCGUUAAAAAUCUGCGGUGACAUCCAUGGUCAGUAUUAUGAUUUGCUGCGUUUGUUCGAGUACGGUAGCUUCCCGCCAGAGUCGAACUACCUGUUCCUCGGUGAUUACGUCGACCGGGGAAAGCAAUCGCUCGAGACGAUAUGCCUGCUGUUGGCGUACAAAAUCAAGUAUCCGGAAAAUUUCUUCUUGCUGCGCGGCAACCAUGAGUGCGCCAGUAUCAAUAGAAUAUACGGAUUUUACGAUGAAUGCAAACGGCGAUACAAUAUCAAAAUGUGGAAAACGUUUACCGAUUGCUUCAACUGUCUGCCGGUAGCAGCGAUCGUGGACGAGAAGAUUUUCUGCUGCCACGGCGGCCUCAGCCCGGACCUGCAGUCCAUGGAACAGAUUCGACGCAUUAUGCGACCGACAGAUGUGCCCGACCAGGGGCUGCUGUGCGAUCUGCUGUGGUCCGAUCCGGACAAGGACACGAACGGUUACGGCGAGAACGAUCGUGGCGUGAGCUUCACGUUCGGUGUGGAUAUCGUGGGCAAAUUUCUAACAAAGCAUGACUUUGACCUUAUCUGCCGGGCACAUCAGGUGGUGGAGGAUGGUUAUGAGUUCUUUGCCAAGCGGCAGCUCGUAACUCUCUUCUCCGCACCGAACUAUUGCGGUGAAUUCGAUAAUGCCGGUGCAAUGAUGUCCGUCGACGAUACGUUGAUGUGCUCGUUCCAAAUUCUGAAGCCAGCCGAUAAACGUAAGUUCCAAUAUGGUGGCCUCAAUUCCGGACGGCCAGUUACACCACCGCGAAACUAUAGUAAAAACAAAAAGAAAUAAUUUAUCAAAAUAGUACUACUUCUAUUACAACAACAAGUACUAC